GAGAACCGGAGGAGAACCGGAGGAUAGAGAGAGGAGAGAGAGAGGAGAACCGGAGGAUAGAGAGAGGAUAGAGAGAGGAGAGAGACAGGAGAACCGGAGGAGAACCGGAGGAAAGAGAGAGAAGCGGCACUGACCCUCUAACGAGCCGCUCCCAUGGACUCGGAGACGGACCUGAGUGUGUCGGAGGACGCUCUGGGGGGGGCAGACUUCAUCACGGUGGAGUUGGACACGCAGCCCAUUGAGUACGUGGUGAAGUGGGCGGAGGUCGGGUCGCGCUUCACGAUCUCCUGCGUGAAGAGAGACCCUGACGACCCCCCCGAGAUCAGCGAGGACGCCUUCUUUGCCCCCUACGAAGAGGUCUAUCCGUGCGAGGUGACGGAGCAGAGCGUGGAGAUCAAGACGGACUCUGACGAGGAGGAGGAGGAGGAGGAGGAGGAGGAGGAAGAGCAGGAGGAGCAGGCGGGGGUCAGCCAGCUGCAAGAGGAGGAGGAGGAUGAAGAGGAAGAGGAGGAGGAGGAGGAAGAGCGUCAGUACCGCUGCAGCUUCUGUGGGAAGAGCUACAGCCACGCCUCCAGUCUGUACCGACACCAGCAGACCCACAGCAAGGGGGCGGCGCCCAUCAAGAGGGAGCCCCCCCACCAGGAGGCGCAGUACUCCUGCCCACACUGCGGCAUGACCUUCAAGGGGAGCAGGAUGCUGGGCAGCCACCUGCGGCUGCACGGGAAGCGGCGCAUCCACCCGUGCAACAUCUGCGGGAAGGAGUUCAACCACAGCUCCAGCCUGUCGCGCCACCGCCUCGUCCACAAGAAGGGGAAGGGGCUCCCGAAAGAAGACAUGGCCGCCCAGCGUCACCCCCAGAAGGCAGGAGGCCGGAGACAGAAGAGCCGCCGGGCCGUCGCUCAGAGUCCGCCCGGCGACACCUUCUACGCCUGCCCGCAGUGUGACAUGAGCUUCAGGACGUCCACGCUCCUCUCCAAACACCAGGUGACCCAUGUGAAGGAGCUGCUGGACAGCUACACCCCGGGGAAGGAGAACCUGGGCGAGUCGUCUUCAGAUCUGAAGAUCCGUCUGAAGCUUUGCUCCCGGGACAAACCCAACUUUUACACUUUGUGCAAGAAGAACCGCCGCCGCCGGGGAGGGGGGGGGCGGGGCGUCCGCAGAGGCCCCGCCCCCUCAGAGGAGGAGGGGGCGGGGCGUCACGUCUGCAGCCAAUGCGGGAAGCGUUUCAGCCACGCCUCCAGCCUGGCCCGACACCAGCUGACCCACCGGGGGGGGGGGCGGGAAACACCUGAAGCUGCCCCCCCCCGGCAGAACGAAGACCUUCACCUGCACCGCCUGCAGCAAAACCUUCAUGCACUCCAGCAGCUUCUCCCGCCACAAGAAGGCUCACCUGGAGGAGCAGCAGCGCCACAAGAAGGCUCACCUGGAGGAGCAGCGCCACAAGAAGGCUCACCUGGAGGAGCAGCGCCACAAGAAGGCUCACCUGGAGGAGCAGCGCCACAAGAAGGCUCACCUGGAGGAGCAGCGCCACAAGAAGGCUCACCUGGAGGAGCAGCGCCACAAGAAGGCUCACCUGGAGGAGCAGCGCCACAAGAAGGCUCACCUGGAGGAGCAGCGCCGCAGGAAGAGGCCAGCGCUGGACGAGACGGCACCGCUGGAGUCCGACUCAGAGUGACAACCCCUGGUGACCCCCCCCCCCCCAGAACUGGACCUGCAUCUCUGGUGUAAAUAACAGCAGGACAUCCAUAUAUGGUCGUGUGGCAGUUUCCUUAUAUGGUCAUAAUGACGGCUCUUACGGAUGGGUUAGUGCCCCUUCCCCCCCCAGGCGCCGCCCCCCCCACCUGUCUGUCAGGUUGCACAGUGACGCUGUUCUUCACUCCAUUUCCCAUCAGCCACCUGGGCUGAGCACGCAGAGCAUUUUGGGAAACGGAGUCCCACAGAAAAGAGAACACAUUUUAAUUAGACUUUUCAAUUGAAAACUACAAGCCCCGCCCCCUGCUGCUCCAAUCCAAUCAGAGCUUCUCUCCUGAAAUCCUAUUGGUCCACGAGGAUCACCUCUAUCAUUAUUUAUUUUGUAGUCCCUUUUAGUUCUUUGGCUCUGUUCAUACUGAUUAUUAUUUCUGAUCCGUUAAUAAUAAUAAUUCUGUUUUUGUAAGUUAGUAAUAAUAUGAAAGUAUUCAAUUAUAACUUUAAUACCAGAUGUUAUUAUAAUUCAUAAUAUCAUCUUUGUUAUCAUCGCUCAGAGGGACUUUGAUUGGUACACAGAUGCAACGCUCCGAUUGGUUCCCUGUUUAAAGCUUAGACGCUCUGAUUGGUUCUCCACGUUAAUGUUUGCAUGAAGACUCCUCUGCAGCCGGUCGGCCAUAUUUGUAGUUUUUUAAGGAAGUCAAAGAGAAAACUGCACUUUAUGAUGAAUUUGGAACAAUGUUGUAAUGUAUGAAUAUUUAAAUGUGACCCUCCCCUCAUCAUCAGACAGGAAACGACUUCAGCAGACAGCUUCCAAAGUAGUUUAUUCAAAUAAAAACCUGAAGAAAAAACUCUUAAUUUAUAAAAAAAAUAAACAACGCAGAUCUUUGGAUUCCAACAAAUGUGAGAUUAGAGAUGCUGAUUGGACUACAUUUAUUAUCAGUGGAACCAGUUAAUGUGAGAACCUCAGCGCCUGGAGAUAACGUGCAGAACAUCUGCAGAACAUCUGGAGAACAUCUGGAGAACAUCUGUUUCCAGAGACUCUAUGACGCUGACAGACCCCCCCCCCCGCUGCACUUCCUGUUCCUGCGGACACUUUGUGAGAGACUUCUGUGAAUUGGGUUAUCUUAAUUUAAUGUGAUAUAUUUAUAGUGUGUAGGCGGCAGAAACACCAGAGGAGGAGAACCAGGUUUAUGUUCCUCGGUUGAAGCUGCCCCCCCCUCGUUGUGUUUCCUCGGUUCUCCUGCUGAUAGAGCGUUCGUCGUGGUUCGUGUUUUGCCAAUAGUUAAACACCCGUUGACAUGUUUUGUCUUGCGUUUUGUAAUAAACCUUCAAAAUAAA